AUGGCCAAAACACCACGGUUUCUUACUCUCCAUUUCCUCCUCCUAGUCUCCGUCGUGAUCCUCCAACUCUCAGCCCUAACUUCUGCCUUUGGUAUCAACUAUGGAACAUUAGGGAACCUUCCACCACCGACACAAGUGGUGGACUUCAUCAAGAAAAAUACCAUUUUCGACAGUGUCAAGAUCUUUGAUGCGAAUCCCCAUAUUUUACGAGCCCUCGCAGGCACCGGAAUCAAUGUCACUAUUAUGGUCCCUAACGGUAACAUUCCGGCGAUAGUUAACGUUGAAAACGCUCGUCAAUGGGUCGCUGCCAAUUUCUUGCCGUUUCACCAGCAGACCAAGAUCAAAUACGUGUGUGUAGGCAACGAGAUUCUUGCCGGUAAAGAUGAAAACUUGAUCUCGAAUCUUGUUCCUGCCAUGCAAAGUCUAAACGAAGCUUUGAAAACUUCCGGUCUCAAAGAUAUGAAGGUGACAACUCCACAUGCGUUUACCAUAAUAGACUAUAACCAAAAUGCACCAAGCCAUAGCAUAUUUAACAACGAUCACAAAGACUUUUUUACCAAGAUCUUGGAAUUCCAUCGCCAAGCUAUGUCUCCAUUCAUGAUCAACGCCUACACUUAUUUCAUGGUGGAUCCGAACAAUGUCAACUAUGCAAUGUUUGGUCCGUCAAAUGGUAUACAGGAUACUAACACACAACACACCUAUAACAACAUGUUCGAUGCGGUCAUGGAUGCAACGUAUUCUGCUAUGAAUGCUCUCGGAUAUGGCGAUGUAGAUAUCGUUGUAGGAGAGACCGGUUGGCCUAGCGCUUGUGACGCAGCAUGGUGCACGCCUCAAAACGCUGCAAACUACAAUCUUAACAUCAUCAAGCGUGAAAAUGUUAUAGGAACACCUCUCAUGCCUAAUCGCCACAUCGAUAUCCACAUAUUCGCAUUGUUUAAUGAGGAUGGUAAACCCGGUCUAACCUCUGAGAGAAAUUGGGGGCUAUUCAAACCAGAUUUUUCUCCGGUUUAUGAUGUUGGAGUCCUAAAAGGUGAAUACCGAGGAGGAGAUGGUGGAAAUCCACCGAGCAAUGGUGGAAAAUGGUGUGUGGCAAAACAAGAGGCCACAACCACACAAUUGCAAGCAAAUAUUGAUUGGGUGUGUAGUCAAGGUAUUGAUUGUAAGUCAAUAUCACCUGGUGGAAUAUGUUUUGACAACAAUAACAUCAAGACGCGGUCGUCCUUUGUUAUGAACGCUUAUUACCAAAGCAAGGGAUAUACGAACACUGCUUGUGAUUUUCGCGGUAGUGGCAUGGUUACUACUAGAAACCCAAGCACUAGUACAUGCGUUGUACCGAACGUGGUAGGUAGUGAAAAUGGUGGUGGAAAAUGGUGUGUGGCAAAAGAAGAGGCCACAACCACACAAUUGCAAGCAAAUAUUGAUUGGGUGUGUAGUCAUGGUAUCGACUGUAAACCAAUCUCACCUGGUGGAAUAUGUUUUGACAACAACGAGAUGUGGACUCGGUCCACUUAUGUCAUGAACGCUUAUUACCAAAGCAAAGGAAAAUCUGAUAACGCUUGCGAUUUUCAUGGAAGCGGCAUUGUAAUUACUACUAAUCCAAGCACUAGAACAUGCAACGUACCAGACGGGAGGGGCGGAAGAUCAUCAAACAACAUGGAAAGUAGUAGUGGAGAUCAUGCACAUUCGAGAUGA